AGAAAGUAACAAUGGAAGCUUAAAAAAGAAAUCACGAGUUCUGUGUCAGCAGCUUUGUAAGAACACACAGUCAGCCGUGCAGCUUAGGAGACCUAUCAGGAUGUUUUUCAGAAGCAUGAGAUCAUCAGAGACCUGAUAGAAUGCUGACAGAAGCAGAAUGACCAUUAUGAGAUCAUACUAAGAACUGUUAUGAAUAGGGUUUUAGAACCAGUUAUCGGUGUGCAUUCACCUUGAGGCAAGCUCAUUGUGUUAUACUCUGUUAUAGAGGGUGCAUCAGGAGAACAAAUGCAGGCUUACACUAGGAGAGUGUUUCCUGGUUUGUUUUAUCUUUGCAUUUUAUUUCUUUCUACUUACGCUAGAAUUGUUUGACUAUUUGAAGGAGAUUUUGUUUGUAAUUUUCAUAUUUUACAUAUUACAUUUUUUACAUAUUUUACACACACCUAUUUGUAUUACACUACUUUUAAUAAAAACAAGGCCUCCCAUUGUGAGGAUCCUGAAAAGACAAAAAGGUCUAAGUCUGCCUCCUUCAUCUAAAGAUUCAAACAAUAGAACAGGUAGAAGAACUUGGAUCAGAACCUUUGUUAGAAGACCAAGGGACUUCGAAGGAUACCUGUGUUCAAGAGUCUAAUCUGGACUGUUUCCCGUCUGUAAUGGUGCUGAGGAACACGGCGAGGAGCGCUCGUGUAACAGACCUCCUGAUGAUCUACUGUACCGUAGUUAGUGAGCCAAACUGCUGGAACAACAUCGCAGUGUUAUGGUGUAGAAUUGACAUAAAUAACAAAUGCAGAAGUUUAACUCACUCCACUCACACAUCAACAGAAUGGAGGAACAUCACUAAGAGUAAAAGAGUGUUAUUCCUGAUUUUUUGGGAAAUAUCUCUUCAGGAUUCUGGACUUUACAGGUGUGAGAUACGUUCACCUGCACCCAGUGUAAGCCAUGCCAUCAACGUCACUGUGACAGAUAUUCACAUAGACUAUAAUGCUGUAAGCACUGAGACCAUUACAAAAGGUUCUCCUGUGACUCCAGUGACAGAUAUAACAAACACACACCUGAGUAGUGAGAAGUGGUUGUAUGUGAUCUACUUCAGUGUGUUUGUAGUCGCUCUGAUCCUCGCUGUUCCACUCAUGAGUCGAGGUUUAAAGAAGUUUCUGGAGGACGAGGAUACCAUGACAACUGUGAUUUAUGAAGAGGCAGACAAGUCCAGUGUUCAGGAUUAACACAAAUCUACAGUGAGGAAAUCUCCAGGAUUUAUUUUAAUUAGUUUAAUGUUGUUUAGAACGUCAACAUGAAGUUAAUUAAACUCUAACGAUGUUCUUUCUCUUCACACAUCAGAUUCAUGUGAAGGGAUUCAGCCUGUGUGUUAGCGUUAGCAUGCUAAUGCUGCUGAUGAGAACAUGGAGUUUAAACAGCGAGAUGUUUGAAUGUGUCACAUGUUUGUUUUAAUAUUGUUAAACUUCAGAUAAUCUCAUUCUAAAUGUUAUGUUGUCACUUCUAGAACUUUCCCACCAUUUGUUAUGACAAACUAUUAAAUAAACUCUUUCUGAAAUUAUGCAAAAGAAUAAAAAAGUGUUGAGUUGA